AUGGUGAAGUGCAAACAGCGUGCUCGUGAUGUCCUGUACUGGACGGGAAUGAAUGCAGACAUAGAGCAAACGGUCAAGAACUGUGGAAAGUGCGCUGACUUUCAGAAGAGCCUUCCGCCAGAACCGCUAGCAAGUAAAGCGCCACCAGACCUACCCUUCUCAGAAGUUGGUACUGAUCUGUUCGAGUAUGAUCACAGAACAUACUUGCUGCCAGUGGAUUACUACUCCAAAUACAUAGAAGUAGACUUGCUACAAAACACUACAAGCAGAUCAGUGAUUGAAGCACUCAAAUCACAAUUCAAAAGACAUGGAAUUCCCACAGUUCUAAGGAGCGACUGUGGCAGCCAAUACAUGUCAGCAGAGUUCUCCAGGUUUUGCAAGGAGUAUGGAAUAAUUCACAAGCCUUCAAGUCCCCACUUCCAAAGCUCCAAUGGUGAAGCAGAAAGAGCUGUACAGACAGUAAAGCAACUUUGGAAGAAAGCAACUGACAAGCACUUGGCCCUACUGGAUUACCGGACUACACCCCUGGAAGGACUCAGCCUAUCACCCGCUCAGCUACUGAUGGGAAGGCGACCUCGAAAUGUCCUUCCACCAACAUCAGCCAUACUCAGACCAACCUCAUACAGCUCACAAGAAGUGAGACGCUAUCUCACCAUGUAA